GCCAUCGUUCGCCGGUUGGUCGCUUUCUACACCAUCUGCCGCAAACUGCGAAAGCGCGGGACGUAGUGCACCUUUUAGUCGGUCUCUGUUUAGAGAAUCCAUCAUCCUUUUGCCAUUUUCUUUUAGAAGAACAGUCUUCAGAAAUGUCUGAUUCAGAAGCUGGUGGUGAUACUGCUAAAAAAGGGCGGGGACGCCCUAAGAAGGCUGCAGAGCCGAGAAGUGAAAGCAAGGACAGUGAUGAACCUAAGGCUAAAAGGGGGCGAGGAAGACCUAAGGGUACAGCCAAAAAAGCAAAAAAGGCAAGCAGUAGUUCAUCUGCUUCUUCUGGAAAGCGUGGACGUGGAAGACCAAAGAAAGGCGACAGCAAAGAAAAAAAUUCAUCAGACCAAGGAUCCGGUGCAAGCGAUAAGGAUGAUUAAACAACAUGCCAAAACUAGAUUUGUGAGAAGCCAUCUUCUAUUCUGAUGCACAGCUGCUAGAAUUUCUUCAUGUUUAAACAAUUAUCACAACUCAUGAUUUAACUUUUCUAUUCAUCUGAAGAGCAGUUUUCUCACAAGUCAUUUUUAAAUAUAAUAGUACAAGUUUUUAUUUUGUCAACAUUGUCAUUUAUAUUGUGUGCUGCAAAUGUUUGCAAAAAGGCCUGCAUGUCAUCAGAAUAUGAAAUCAUCAUCAACAUGGUUUUUAUUAUGUUAAUAUUGCAUUAAGCUCUUUGAUCAUUUUAGUGUGUGACUGUCAGUGUAGUUUAUCAUGCUUUGCAUUUUAGUGUGGCUGGCUAGUUGUUUUUAAUAUUUUACAUAGUUUAUUUAAUUGCAUUUAACAAGAAAACAUUUUAACAAGAACAAAGCUGUAAAAUAAAAAUCUGAUUUUAAAUGUGCUUUGUUGCAAAUACAGAGCCAUUGGCAAUGUCAUAGUAUUAGCUUAAUGUAUCAUGCAUUUUUCUGUUACAAGUAGCAGAUGUAAAUGUGAAGAUGGAUUUUGUCAAUAAAAAUAUUUAAAACUUUG